AAACCAAAAUAUACGAAGAAAAUUUUAAAGAAAGCGAGCAAGCCAGACCGUAUUCCAAGAAAAGGUGACCUUGUCAGUUGUUUUUACACUGGGAAACUUCAAGAUGGAACUGUCUUUGACACAAAUCUUGGAAAAGGUGAAAUACCAAACAUGCUGUAUUAUUUUUAAUGGGUAUGUGUGGAUUUGUUCUGCCAUGACCCAUUUACAAAUGACUGUAUUUGAUUCUGCAUUCCAGGAUCAAAGAAGAGAGGUGGGAGUUAUGUUCCAUUAAAAUUCAAAGUUGGAACUGGACAAGUGAUUCGAGGCUGGGAUGAAGCUCUCAUGACAAUGGGAUUGGAUGAGAAGGCAGAACUUACAAUUCAGCCUGAAUGGGCUUAUGGAAGAAAAGGCCUUCCUGACCACAAGUAUCCUUUUUAAUUCAUCAAAUUACUAAACUUUGCCUGGAUGCAUCCAUGCCCAAACAGGCAGCAAAACUGUCCCAGCAGUACCUAUGAUGUUGCAAUUGUAAAACAGGAGAAGCAGUGUUUUACAAUGUAUUACACUUUAUUCCAUAUUAUCCAUCACUGAUGCAUCUAGGAUUUACAUUCUUGGUUAAGCAAUCUUGUAUCAAGUGAAUUUAAGGGACUUUGUGGGCCCAUUUUGAGCCAGGGCCUUGGGGCAAAAUGCUUCCACUGCCUCUUUCCCCUCUCGGUAGCAUUGCCUGGAUGUUCAGUAAGAACCGUAUUGGCCCAGUGUUGCAACGGGAGGAAGUGAGAGUACCUGAAGAAAAUCUACAGUGUUUGGUAUAAUCAAACUAAAAGCAACAUUCUCAAAUACGACUGAGGAGAAAUUAUGAUCAGAAAACUGCAUAUUGCAGGAAUCCAACCUCAGUCACAUAAGUGAAAGACACAUACCCCCUUCCCCUGGUACACUAACCACUGUGCCACUGCCCUAAGUUCCAAAUAUCCAAAACUCCUUGACUCCAAUGCCACAGGAUUCCUCAAAAUGCAACUUUAAUUUUUGAAGUUGAGUUGACUGGUAUUGAGUGA